UCUGCCUUUCGCCUGCCACGAAGGUGAUAGUGAAUGGCUUGACGGCCCAUUAUAGUGUAAGGGAUCCGCGCAGCCGUAAUUGCGCAACGAUGGCAGACUCGGUGUCCCUGGAGGACACGCUGCCCGAGGAGGAGAGAGAGUUUCAGAAGGUUAUUGCUUUGAUCGGAGGUAUAGAGAGGAUCUAUUUGGUCAGUGACGCCUGUAAAAGUAAAAACGUGGUUGAGGAUGACGCCGGAAUACUGCAGGAGUUCCUACAUGACAUGUUUCCCAUCAGCAGCCUUCCCAACAGCAAUGGACAACGCUGUUCGCCUCCUUCAAAUAGCCACGACGACUCUCCAAGUGGAAACCACGCUUGCCUCAAUACAGAGAGAGUGAACAUGAAUGAAAUACCACUAACGGUGAGGCCCGAGGAUGUUGAUUUGAGAGCCAGUCCUGUGGGAGAGGACACGGUGAAGGAGACACGGACGGCGCGCAACGGAAACCCUCAGAAAACAGCAACGAGGGGGGCAAACAUUUACAGCCACAAACGAGCGAUAGACUCUCCUGUCAUCAUGUUCAUCUUCAGACAGUCAUUCAUCAGCAAAAUUUCCAACGAAGUGUGCCUGAAAGAGAUUUUGAAGGACGUAAAGGCGCGUACGAAACGUGCCAGAAUUGCUUGGCCAGCUCUAGUUGGAUUAGUACACACCAAAUUAGAGAGCGCCGAGACUCAUCAGUGUGCGCAACUCUUGGAGCGUCUGAUCCGCUCAGUGUUCCACAAACAUUCAACAGAGACAAUAUGGGUUGGCUGUUUCAUUCCGAAGACAGAUGCCCAAACACUCAGCAUCAAGAAAAACACCUGCAAAGUUAUAUAUUCAUCUCAAACCGCAGAUAAUACCAGGAAUAGAGGGGAGCCGCUUUUCUGGCCAUUCCAAUGUUUGUCCUGGCCUCAGAGAAGAGGAGAUAGAGGCCAGACCAACAGCUCUCCGGCCAGCAGGCAAAGAGGUAGCAGCACCAUUCAAAAGUUUGGUCUGACCGAGCUGAAUACAGGCAUUUCAAUUCCCACUAGACCUUUUCUAUUCUGCAUUCAUUUUAUACACUAGCUUUAGUCCUGUUCAGGGUCCUCGGGGGACUGGAGCCUAUCCCAGGUUGCACUACAUGGGCAAAUGGCAGACUACGCCCUGUACAGGCUGCCUGUUUAUCACAAAAGCAACAAACAGAUUCACACACUCACACUUUAUUGGGUGCUCUUUGGAUCAGGUUUACAGUAUACACAGUAUGUUUAUUUUUUGGGAAAACAGUGGCUUAAUUUUUUUCCAGAACUUUAGAAAUUAUUUAGAUCUGUAAGUAUCUGUCCACUGACAAGUUGUAAUGUAAUUUUGAAGAAAGAAAACCCAGAAAGUUAAAACAACUGUAAUUGUAUAAUAUUUAUGUGAAAUUAACAUUUGCACUAUAUUUUAAGGACUACAGCACUUAAGAGAGCAGAAACGCAGCUAAAUCCCGCUGCAACCAAAUUGAAUCAUUUUAUUUAUUAAACACAGUCAGUAACAGCAUUUUAAUUGUUUUUUCAGGUGACAGUGGAAGUGUAGAGGAAGGUAUUCCUCUAAAAGUCAGUUCCUUUUCUUCUGGACCUCAUGUUGACAAAUAAUCAGCUGGAGGAGACAGUUGAUGUCAUGGCACAGGACCUGUGGCUACAGGCAAAUCACUGUAGACAAUACCGUUUUUACUGUGAAGAGAAGAUUUGAAGAGCCCCCCUACGUGUGAUGGGGUUUCCUCGUGGUGCUCAAUAUUCCCACUGCUGAGCCAAUGUCAUUUAUGUCAUGAACUGAAGGAAUAUGUUGUUAAAUAGUGAAAUCUCUGACCAUUUUGCUGUUUUAUACAAUGUCUUGUAAUGUACAACAGGAUUUAUUAUGUAUGUAUGUAUUGACCAGUUAGGCAUAUGAGCUAUAUCACGUCAUUUAAAAUCACUUUUUUUCUUUUGAAAGCUUUAGAUAGAGACUUGUAAUUUAUUACAGGUUGAGAAAAGGCUUAGUUUGAGAGUUUAUAGCACAAUUACUUCUUUAACAAGAUGCAUAGCCAAGUACAGGACAGGAUUACCAACUGAAUGAAAUGGGCCGCUGCUCAAGAAGCCCCAAAAGCCCCAUUUGUGCUAAUUUAAUUGAAGAUUUGUAUGGUAACAUGCACAACUAAACCACAAUAUCAACUGACAUAUAAGGGGUCAUUCUUUAAUUGCUUAAUAGGUGCCCAGCAGCUCAUUUUUUGCUUCCAGACUACCCAGAAUGUUAAUCCAGCCAAUCGUGCAAUGUGAAUCUUUUAUUUUUUCGCUGUCACGUAUUGAUAUUGUGUGCCUUAGAUCCGUGCUGUCGACUGCUGCAUUAUCAGCAAUAGGAAUGGAACAGUGUCUUUUUCACUUUUUAUGUAUUUAUGUAAGCCACUGAAUUGUCCAUUCAAAUAAAUGUGAUAACACAUUA